AUUCCUCCUGUAACCAAUGGCACUUAAAUCGGUGGCCCGCGCCAAUUUCCUACGAGGUGCCCUGCCACGUACAAGUUUGGAGGUUUGCGUGUUCUGCCAGGCUCGAAAUCGCCGCCCCUCCGCAUUCUCCCCUCCAACGACCUCAUCAUGGACUUCCACACGCCCAGCAUCCCAUAGAUCAAAUAAUUCAGGCCCAAGGAGGGUCAGAGCCGAUCCACAGAGGUCACCUCAAGAACUGCGCGCUGAGUUCGACAAGAAAAAUCGAGGCACCCAUUUUGCGACCAUGAAGUCACAGCGAUUGAUUGCUAUGCCCGCUGCGGCUGCGGAAACCAUUAUUCGUGACAUCCUCAAAUCGCCGCCCAAAACUAUUUCUGCAGACCUAGCUUUGGGUUUGGUGGAAGCGAACUCUCGAUAUAAAAUAGAUUUGGAAGACAUCACAAACCUCGCCAUAACGACCUACCGGAUUCCCGACGCCGAUGCAUCUGGGAGCAAGCUACCGCCAAGUCCACACAAGAACAUAUCAAGGACUCUCCUCCUGUCCUGCUGUAAAGCCAAAGAGCCCGGUGCCAUCAUGCACAUAAUGAACGCAGUCUAUCUUGCGAGCUCGAAAGACUCAGCAAGGCAGAUAGCAAGUCUCUUUUCGCCAGCUGAGAUCCGAUCGUGUCGCCAGGAUCUCGAAGCAUUGGCCGAUACGGAUUUUGCUGACGCGAAGACGUUGCUGGGCCUUUUCGCCGAGAGAGAAGGCAACGAGCAGGCUGCGUUUCAGCUCUAUGAACAAGCCUUGGAAUCGAAAAAUGUCAAGUACAACAUGGGCGAGGUGCACCCCAUGGGUCUGCCACGAUUUACUCCUUGGAAUGCCCUAGGGACGCUUCUCAUAAAUAGCCAGAACCCGGAGUUGAGAGAAAAGGCCAAGCACGCGUUCACGAAAGGAGCGUUGGAGGGUGAUGAUCCAGUCGCAUAUUAUCAUCUAGCAUCGUUCGAAGAUAAGGAAAGUGGUAAAUGGCUGCAAUACAUGCACAAGGCGGCUGGAGCUGGGCAUAGGGAAGCCAUGUACGAGCUAGGGCAUUUCUUCAUGAAGAUCAAUUCCCAGGGACGUGGGAAGGUGGAUACUUCGCAUCUACAUGACAAAACCGUUGUCCGGUCGCUCUGGUGGCUAACAAUGUGGAAAGAGGAUAGCCCGAGGAACUUGGGGUUGGAGUGGUUCACUGUUGCCGCGGAGAGUGGACAUAAACCUUCAAUGCUUGAGCUGGCAGAUGUUUCGGAGAUCGAAGAUGAGACAGACGUAGCAAUCGGCUGGCUCCAAACUAUAGCCGAUCCACCGCCGUCGGACCAGGCAGAGGAGUGGCCUAUAUUGGCUGCGGAGGCGAAGAAGAAACUUCUAAGGAUGAAAAGGAAGACGCUCGCCUAAGGUCAUGUACAGUUUUCACUGAUCUUCUCAAUUGGCAAUCUGCUCAUAGCAAUAUGUUGGAUAGCAUCUACUCAAUGAUACCCAAGAUUCAAUCAUUCAC